AUGCUUGGCUAUUGUGCCCUUUGGGGCAAUGAACAAGCAGACUUCCUUGCAAAAAGAGGUGCCAGCUUACUACAACAUCGUAAUACAACCAUUUCUUAUUGGACGAUUAAACCGUUAUUAAAACGUUUAUUUAGGUCUAAUAUCUUGCGAGAUCUUCAGACUUGUACAACCUUGAAAAGCUGGAGAAUGAUAAGUCCUUCUCUUAUUUCCGAUAGUCCAAGACGCAAUGCAAAGACGGCUUUCCGUCUGUCUACAGGACAUGAUUUCCUUGCCGCCCACCUGCACUGCAUAGGCAUUUCAAGCGAUCCUAUUAGAACACUUUGUGAUUCUGGAGAAGAAAUGGACAGGGACCACCUGCUUCGAUGUGGUCUUACAGAGGAGUCAAGAUACUAG